AUGGCAUCAGAUGUACCGUCUCUUCCGCCACCUAAAAACACUUUUACCAUCAAAAUCGGACUGAUAGGGGACGCACAAGUGGGCAAAACAUCUUUGAUGGUCAAAUACGUGGAAAAUGUGUUUGACGAAGAAUACACGCAAACUUUGGGCGUGAAUUGUCUCAGCAAAAAGAUUACAUUGGGAUCAGCAGAUAUUCUUUUCUAUAUAAUGGAUCUCGGAGGACAGCGAGAGUUUAUAAAUAUGUUACCAUUGGCUUCUGAAGGAGCCAAGGCCAUUGUGUUUCUGUUUGACCUCACACGACCAGAAACGCUAAAAUCGAUUCAAGAAUGGCAUCGGCAAGCCACCGGAUUUAACGAGCGCGCUGUACCUUUACUGGUGGGAACCAAAUAUGAUUUGUUCGUUAAUUUGGAUCCGGACUUGCAAGCGCAGAUCUCAAAGCAAAGCAUGCGAUAUGCCCAGGCAAUGGACGCUCCGCUCAUUUUUUGUUCCACGUCACAUUCCAUAAACGUUCAAAAAAUCUUCAAAAUCAUCAUCGCCAAACUCUAUAACUUGACCAUGCGUGCUUCAGAGAUUAAACAAAUUGGCGACCCGCUGCUCAUAUAUAAGCAUUUGGGCGGUACGCGCAGGUCCGCUUCCGCUUCGUCAAGCUCACCGCCGGGUACGUCCACAUAA